UUGUUAAAGUUGAUCGAAGAAAUGACGAAAAGCGGCAAGCCAAAACUUGAUGAAUCGAAAUGUAAACAUUUUAAAAAUUUGUGUAAAGCAUCCAAUGAGAAUGUAAGAAGAUCAUUUUGCUUCCUGUGGUCACAAUUGGAAAAAAAUCAUUCAGAAGUUAGAAGAUCGUCGGUUCAGUUAAUUGACAUACUUUUCAUGAGGUCUGCUAUAUUUAGAGACCUUUUAUUGAACAACAUGCAAGAGUUCGUGGAGUUGACUCUUGGGACUAACCACAAACGGUCUCUCCCACUGCCACACUCUUCUGCUUGGGACAUGAAGCAGCAAACAAUUUGUUAUUUGAAAAAUUGGCAUGAUACAUUUGGCAAAGGCUACAGAAAACUAGAUUUAGCUGUAAAGUACUUAAAAAAUUGUAAAAACAUUAAUUUUGAUGAUGUUUCAAAUAAUGUCCAUAACGAAGCGGAAAACGAGAGGCUGACAUUAAUUAGACAAGCUAAAAUAAAUGCGACCUCAAAUGAACUCAAUGAUAUAAAACCUGAAAUAAGUUCAUGUCUCAUAGAAAUUGAAAAUUGUCUUAGCUUGUUAAUGCCAUGUCCAGAACAAUUUGAUAUAUAUAACAGAGGUGAUACUUCAAAAUCAAAUCAAAAUGAAAACCAUAGUUUUGAUAAUCAUGAUAGUAGUAGCAAUUAUGAUUAUGAAUCAGAUGGAAAUGACAAGCAUGAGUUCAGAAGACAUGGCUUAUUUUCUGAUAAUAUUUCCUUGGCUAUAAAUAUUAAUGUAAAUUCUCAAAUUUUUAUUGAUAAAACAGAGGAUAAUUCUGAUAUUUUGACAUCAUUUUAUGAAAAGGUUAUGCUUCUUAAACAGAAAUAUCUAAAUCUACUACAAAGGUAUUUAAAGGUUUUUACUAAGUGCGGGGCUUCAGCUAAUCUUUUCAAACCUGCUUUAGACCUCAAAAUGGAUAUAGAAAAAGUGUUGCAAAAAGCUGAAAAGAUAGUUGUAAAAAAUGAUUUGACAAAAACUAAUGAUCUGGCUAGUGAUGAAGAAAGUAAUUUUGAUGAUUUCAUUGAGAAGGCUCCUAUCAUUCCAUAUGGUAUAGAUUUGUAUCACUGGGGAGAUUCUGAGAAAGACCUGCUGCCUCUGAAGCCAUCUACAUCUCAGAUGAACUGGUGGGUGACUCGUGACGAAGAAGAACAGGUAGAUAAAGAAGCACUGACAUCAAUGAAAGAAAGAGUUAUUAACUUUGCUGGAUUUUUUGAACCAGUUAAAUGGAAAUGUAGAGCUCCCCUUUCAAAUGGAAAGUUAUGCAUUAGAAUGGACCGUAAGAAGUGUCCUUUUCAUGGUGUCAUCAUUCCAAGAGAUAAAAUGGGUAAACCAAACGAUCCUAACAAUUGUCCAAGUACAAGUUCCACCAUUCAUCAAAAAUCUGAAAGUGAAUUAAAUGGACGACUAGCGGAAAAUAGUUGGAGGGAUCCUGAAUUGGAAGCAGAUAUAUCAGCUGCUAUUGGGAUUGAUAUAACAUUUCGUCCUAAAAAUAAAGGAAAAAAUAAGAACACAAAAAAAACUGGUUUGACUGAUUUGAAAUCUUUGAAAUACAACACACCUCUCAAGAGAUUGGAGAAAAAACUUUUCAACAAAGCUGCAAUGAAACGGGUUGCAAGCACUAUGGACAACAUUGAUGCUAAGAGAUUGAGAGACAAAUUUGGAAAUAACUUCAACUAUGCU